AUGAGUAAUUGUAAUUCAUAUUCAACGUCUCCCCAGUCAGCGACCCCUUCACCACAGCAAUAUCAGCCCGACCAAAGUAAAUUAAAGGUCCUUCCUCCUGGAAAAUUUCCUUUCAGCUCAACCACACAGAGAUUCCAAUGUGCGCCAUGUACAGCUAGAGACACUCCUGGCCCUGGAAGCUAUGCUCAGGAAGCAGUGAGAAACAGAAAAGUCAGUUGGCCAAUGAGGUUUGGGAGCCCAGACUGGUCCAGACUACCCCAGCUCCAGAAGAAGUCACUCAGGGUGAAGGUGAGUGAUAUACACCAAUUAAUACUAACCGAUGAAAGGGAGUUCCAGAAACGGAGGAAUCGACUGGCCUAUCUGAGUUUGUACUACUAG